ACCUACUGAGGCAGAUGAUUCCCUGAUUCACCUGACAGCAGCCUUUCCUGUAGGAUGACUCCACACGUGGCAUGUAACCAAAAGCCAAAGCUCAAUUGCCACACCUCCAGAAUUGGGGGGAGGAGCUAGGAGUUGAAAGUUCGGGGAUGACUCAGAGAUUUGUAAGCUGGCCUAUUCUAUCUCAUGCAUCCUGUAUUGUUCUUGCUGCCCGGCAUGCCAGUGCUUCUUCCACGAAUUUGAAAGACAUAUUGGCUGAUCUGAUACCUAAGGAGCAGACCAGAGUGAAGGCCUUCAGGCAGCAACAUGGCAAGACGGUGGUGGGCCAGAUCACUGUGGACAUGAUGUAUGGUGGCAUGCGAGGCAUGAAGGGAUUGGUAUAUGAAACAUCAGUUCUUGAUCCUGAUGAGGGCAUCCGUUUUAGAGGCUACAGCAUCCCUGAAUGCCAGAAACUGCUGCCAAAGGCUAAGGGGGGCGAAGAACCCUUGCCAGAGGGCUUAUUUUGGCUGCUGGUAACUGGACAAAUCCCAACAGAGGAACAGGUAUCUUGGCUCUCACAGGAGUGGGCAAAGAGGGCAGCUCUGCCUUCCCACGUGGUCACCAUGCUGGACAACUUUCCCACUAAUCUACACCCCAUGCCUCAGCUCAGUGCAGCUGUUACAGCUCUCAACAGUGAAAGUAACUUUGCCCGAGCAUAUUCAGAGGGUGUCAACCGAACCAAGUACUGGGAGUUGAUUUACGAAGACUGUAUGGAUCUGAUCGCAAAGCUUCCUUGUGUUGCAGCAAAGAUCUACCGGAAUCUGUACCGAGAGGGCAGCAGUAUUGGGGCCAUUGACCCUAAGCUGGACUGGUCCCACAAUUUCACCAACAUGUUAGGCUAUACUGACGCUCAGUUCACGGAGCUCAUGCGCUUGUACCUCACCAUCCACAGUGACCAUGAAGGUGGCAACGUAAGUGCCCACACCAGCCACUUGGUGGGCAGUGCCCUUUCAGACCCCUAUUUGUCCUUUGCAGCAGCCAUGAAUGGGCUGGCAGGGCCCCUGCAUGGACUGGCAAAUCAGGAAGUGCUUGUUUGGCUGACACAACUUCAGAAGGAAGUUGGCAAAGAUGUGUCAGAUGAGAAGUUACGAGACUACAUCUGGAACACACUCAACUCAGGACGGGUCGUCCCGGGCUAUGGCCAUGCAGUACUAAGGAAGACUGAUCCACGAUAUACCUGUCAACGAGAGUUUGCUCUGAAACACCUGCCUCAGGACCCCAUGUUCAAGCUGGUUGCUCAGCUGUACAAGAUUGUGCCCAAUAUCCUCCUAGAGCAGGGCAAGGCAAAGAAUCCAUGGCCCAAUGUAGAUGCUCACAGCGGGGUGCUGCUUCAGUACUACGGCAUGACGGAGAUGAAUUACUACACAGUCCUGUUUGGGGUAUCACGGGCACUAGGUGUAUUAGCACAGCUCAUUUGGAGCCGAGCCCUAGGCUUCCCUUUAGAGAGACCCAAGUCCAUGAGCACAGAUGGUCUGAUGAAGUUUGUGGACUCUAAGUCAGGGUGAAACUGAAGAUGGGGAGGAAACUAUCCACCAGAGAGUGAGGGAUCUUUAAAAAAAAAAGUAUACUUUUGUUUCGGGGCUUUUAGAGACUUAAGAUUAAAUUGGAUCUGAGGCACUGAUGAUAAGUCUGAAGUUAAAAUAUAAAUUAAGAUUUUUAAAAGAAAAGUAACCCGUUCUUCCCUGACCAGCUCCUUUCCCCUGCCUGGUGUGAGUUGCCCACCAACUGUAGGAUGACCAGGACUAAUGCAUGUAGUGUGGGUUAGGUUUCACCUCACCCCAUCUUCAGAGUGGGAAUCUGGCUCCUCUUUCCCUAGGUCAAAGCUGGUUGCAGAGAAUUUGCCAUCACUUCAGAACUUUUGGUUCUACUCUGUCCACCUUUAAUAGGCCAGCAAACCAGGACUCUACCCCUUCUGUUUCCAUAGGAAUCAUGUUGGAUUGUCAGCUGUACUAAGCCCCAUUAACUUCUCCCAUGCACACAGAGACUUCCUAGCAAGAUCUAUUGGUGAUGCUAUGGCCUUUUUUUUUUUUUUUUGGUUAAGCUACCAGAUGAUCAUAAAGGCCAUGGUAUUUAUUGUUGACUGGCAACCAAUAUUUGGUUUUUAUUUUUCUUUUUUAAAAUUAUCCUAUUAAAAUUAAGAUCUAGGAGUGUUCUAUUCCCCAUUACUUGAAUACUCACCUCUUUCCAGAUUUUCUAUACCUGCUGCACCUCAAGCCAAGGUUGCUGUGGACCUUCCCGUCUUGGUCCUUCCUAGAGACCUCUUUUCAGCAGGUAUAUACAGCACUGUCUACUAUGUGGUCUUUCCUAGUUAUUUGGCUUUAUCAGUGCUUAAUGUGAACUAAGUUUUUACUUCCUUGGAACACAAACCACUACUUUCUGACCUUUUUUUUUUCCCCUUUAAUAUGCUAUGGGCUAUAGAACAGGGACUUAGGAAAGACCAGCAUGAUAUCUUCAUGGCCUGAUCCUAGGAGUACUAGUACCUCUUUCUGAACAGGGAAAUGAUUUUUAAGAUUGGACAUGGUCUCCUUUGACUAUCAGGUGCUGGGGCUGAGGACAUUAAAAAUAGUAAACCUCCUUCCUCAUCCCCUGCCACAAGCCAAUAUCCCUUUAUUUAUCAAGGUUCUUAUCCUGUCCCUUCCCCAAGAGCUCACAGUACACUGUUUGUUUUAGAAGCCCCAUAUGCACAGGUUUCAAGUGACUCAAGGUUCUACUGCCUUUUUAAGAAAGGAUUAAAAAUACACUCCUGCUGUGCCCCUCUUCCUCUCUUGCAACUCCUGCCUGUGUUUGUGUGGAUCCCUAAUCCUCAGAACCAUGCUGUUGAGAUGGAUAAUACUGUCUGUAAACCCUUGGGUAACUGUCAUGAUGCAGACUCCAGGUUGUUCUGUAUAAAAUGCAAAAUAAAUGUUUUUAUUAACAAUG